CCAGGCAGCCUAGCUAGAUUUAGUCUACUCGCAAAUUCAAAUAAGCCGUGGUUACCAAGCAAGCACGCUUCGCGCGCUCCGACAAAAUGGCGGCUGCAAGAGGAGGAAUUUGGAGACCGUAUAAGGAGCUUCAGGCAAGCGUGGAACGAGCUUUAUAUAAGAAGAGUCCAGAAAUAUACCAUGAACUUGAAGUUGCUUUGAAGAAGUUCAAACCGGAUUUCAUUUCUUUGCUGAAAAAUCCGGUAGGUGUAGAUUGCGUUUUCAAAUUGUAUGAUAUAAAGAAUGGAAUUUGGAGACCGUAUAAGGAGCUUCAGGCAAGCGUGGAACGAGCUUUAUAUAAGAAGAGUCCAGAAAUAUACCAUGAACUUGAAGUUGCUUUGAAGAAGUUCAAACCGGAUUUCAUUUCUUUGCUGAAAAAUCCGCACCAGUUUACUGGCCGUGACAUGCCCCUGCAAAAAUCAAGUGGGGUGGCCACUUUGGUGUCCUUACAGGAAUGUGGAGUUUUUCAGAAUAUAACUGUGCACAGGGAAACCAACUCUGGAAAGCCACAGGCCAAAAUAAGGCUUGCUUUCUUCGAACGCAACAACAGAAUAGCAAUUGAAUUAUUCUGUUCACUUUCUCUUGCAGAGGAAACUUUUCCUUUGUUGUCAGACCAUAGCUUUAUUCCAGAGUUUCAUCAGGAAAUUAUACAACAAGGUUCAUGGGAGAAUCAGGGAAUGUGUGCUUGCGUCCGAUUUGCUUGGGCAUUGGCACUGCGUUCCUGCAGCCAGUGGCCAAAUGCUGUAGGGGCAGUUGAAGUGUUGGAGGAAGACGAAGGAGUACUUGAUCUGGCAAUAGAUGAAAGUGUGUUUGGCUUCCUUCGCUACAGUGUUCUAGGGGCAGCUAAUUUUCACCAGGAGGUACAUGUACAAGGACUUGUAGCUUCUGGUGAAUUCCUUCUUAAGCUGUUACAUCUGCUCCUGGUUAACAAAGUAGUACUUGAUAACAUUUCUUUUUUUAUCAUUUAUUCACAGAUUGGAGAACUUUAUGACAAUGAUCCUCUGGCUCUUGAACUUGCAACUGAAUUCUGGUGUCCUUUGGACCCAAGCUCUUUGACUCCUCAAGGGACACUGUCUCCUGCCUUGAGACAACGGGCGUCACAGAAACAGGUGAGCCUCAACAAGUUUGUACGGCUGGCUGGAGAUUUGUUACCUCCUCCUCUGUUUGUCCCAUACAUUGAGAUGCUAAGUGGACUUGCAAACAGCCCUCAGGCUGCUCAUCACUGCUUCAACCUGCUCAAGUCCACUGCAAAUGGCCCUUUGUCUUGGGAUCACUUCUUUGCUUCUAUUAAACAAUAUUACAUGGAUCUUAGACAGGAUGGUGCCCACACAGUUAUGAUGUAUGGUGGCUUGGCGAGAGAAACAGGCCAUGUUCAUAGACCACACCUAUCAAACCGCAACAUAACACCUGAAGAAUUAGAUGGCUUAGAGGCUGUGUUGAAACUGACAGAAAGAGUAGCUGAUCAAGAUGAUAAAGCCCGGCUGGCCAUGUGUGAAAGUCAAGCAUGGCUUCCUGUUGCAUCUUUGUUUGGCUUGCUUGGCUGCCCUGUGCCCCACAGGCUCAAGGCCCAAAUUCUCUUAACCCUUGCAGCCUUUGCAAAAUCUCCUGAAAUUGCUUACUCUUUGUGGCAUACUCUGGAACAAUCACAGAUUCUGCAGACUGUAAACCCAACAAGCCAAGCUAUUCAACAGGGUGGAAUACAGGUUGAAUUAAAUGAGCUUGAAGCCCGCAGCGAGACAUAUCCUGAGACUAGAGCAUUUCUCAAACUUCUGACUAAUUUGACAGAGAUUCCCCUUCCAGCCACCCUGGGAGCAGGUUAUAGGGUGCCUGGGUUUGAACCCUACCUGGCUUUUGUGAGAGAUGAUGUGUUUCUGAAGUUCAAUUCAAGAGCAUAUCAAGAUCCCAAUGAAAAGUGGAAAGUUGCCAGUGCUGUUCUGCAGAUCUUGUUCAAGUUACUUGAGGGUUAUACCCCAAAGCCAGAAGAUUUUGUUGACCAGUUUGUGGAGAUCCAAGGUGGAGAGAGGAUUCUGGUACCCAAGCCCCCUGGGUUUAGCCUCAUGAUGUACAUGUUGAAUGACACACCCAUGUUGAGAAUGUUGCUGAAUAUCACAGAUGUUGCAUCAUCUUCACUUGAACAUCUCUCUGUUGCCUCAGAUGGAAGAGAAGAACUGGAAAAGGCAGCCUUGCUGUGCCUGAGAAUGAUUGAAAUUGCUUUGGAAAAGCAAGAGCAGUUCGUAGACAUGUUCCGCAGUGUGCCUCAGCAGUCAUCAGUGUUGGUCUCUCCUUUGGAAGAUUUACUUCUUAGUGUUAAUCCACAGUCAGGUGCUCCAGACUAUCUGCUGAAAAUAAUGAAAUUUGUUUCUCAUCUUCACACUGGAGCUGAAGUCAGUCUGUCCGUUGUUAAGAUCUUGUGUCUUGUCUGUCAAUCAACAACUGUUCAGAGACACCUAGUGAAUCUCUUGACAGCCAAUCAGUCAGUCUCUCAGCAAAUCCUAAUUGGAUUCGUGGACCAGUUAGAAAUAAAUGAACCUGAAGACCAUCGUGAAAAAGAUGAACAAGAACUUGGGAGAGACUUUAUAGAUGAGAAGUCGUAUGAGGUGUCGCAGAUUCGUAAUGCUGGUAGACAAAAUGUGCUGAGAUUAGUGUUACAUUCACUGCAGCACCCAUCGCCUAAUUUGGCUCAUUUCUUAAUGGGUUAUGAGCUUAGAAAACCUGUGAGCAAGACCAAUCUCCAGGAUCCAGGAGUGCUUGGUGCUUCGAAGACUUGUCUUCACGCUGUUCUGGACAUACUCAACAGAGGAGUAGAUACCCAUCAUGGCCCUUCAUGUUUGACAGAAACUCCCAAAUUUGCAGAGCUUGCAUACCAGCUUAUUUACAGUCUGUGUGCCAAUAAAGACACUGCAACCCCAACACUGCGCUACCUCAGAACAAGCCAUGAUUUCUUGUACCGACAUCUUAAACAUUUGCCUUUCAAGAAUCUUGUGAGUAUGGACACAAAUGAAGUACAGAUGCCAAUUCCAGUGCUGACCAUUGUCAGUCAACAGUCAUGGCUUCUUAAGACUACUGCUAUUGAACUGCGCAUGACAGCUCAAGGAAGACAAAGAUCACAUGCUCAAAGGCUUCUGGGGCUCUUGAUGGGUGAGCCAUCGGCCCAGGCAGUCCUUGGAAUGCAUUUACCAGAGUUGGUGCCAAGAAGGUUAGAAGAUGAUUUCACAACAGCUGACACCAGCCAUGUUACGUAUCCUGACAUGGGACAGGUGCAGACUCGAAGAAAACUUCUCAGCAUUCUUGAAUCAAUAGAAUUCAGCCAAGACGUGCCUCCACCCUUGCACUUGAAUUACUUUGACGUGGCUGUCACCGAGAAGGCUAUAGCUUCCUGUGAACAGAAAUCUGAGGACACUAGUGUGAUGUUUUGUAAUGUCCCUGUUCUUCAUAAGCUACUAAUGGGUGAGAUCAGUGGAGUCCAGGGAACUUCAACAGUCGGACAGAGAAACUUCUUGUUACAGGAAGUCAAAGACAUCCUUCAAAAUGUUGUGCUACGCAACAUGGUGCGAGAGAGCAUGCAUAUCAAGAAAGAAGUAUUUGAGGCUUGGAGACGUGUUACAGAGGUCACUCUAGCUUCCUGUCCUGCUGAUAUUUUACCAAAAGACACAAGACAGACUGUUAUAGCAGAAGUGCUGCAGGAUUUACUAUCCAAGAUUGCAGAUGAGAAUGCACUGCCAGAACUUACCUCACCAGUCUCCGGAGUCAUUCUCACUCUCAUGGCACAUCUGCGCCAGUCUUCCAUUUCCACAAAUCCGCCAGCCACACACCUGGUUGUAGAUGGCAUGGGAGGAGGCCAGCAUCUUCCAGAAGCUGGUGGUUCUCUCCCUGUUGGUCCAUCUAUAGCCAUAUUAAAAGGUCUCAUUGAAACAGUGCUCCGCUCCGGAGGAGGUCUACAGAGGGUGAGAGCCAACCUGUAUGCUGCUCUGCUGUACUUUAUGCAGACUGCACCAGAGUCUCAUCAAACUAAGGAAAGAGGUGUGAUGGAGAGUGUGUUGUCACUGUACCCUAGCCAGUCCUGGGACACCAGUAUUCUACCUGUGUUGUCUAGUUAUGGUGAGCCUUUCAUGGAUGUGGUCUGUAGAGACUCCUGUGAUGGUCAUGAUGUAGGACGGAUGUUGGCGUUUUCUCUUCUGGAUGCAAUAAUUGCUGUUGACUGGCAACACCGUUGGUUAAACUAUCUUAACCUGAAAGGCUACCUCAAACAUAUGGUCGAGGGGCUUGCACAUGAGGACCACAUGUUGCAAUCAAUGUUGGACCCAUCACCUGAGCCCCUUAAGGCUUUGUACAUCUAUGAAUCUAAAAUGGCUCUGUUGACUCGUGUGGCCCAGUCUUCAGAAGGAACUAAGGUGCUUCUUCAAGCAGGGCUUUUAUCACGCUUGGCAGAAUGUACCUUCCUUGAUAGAAGACCUGAGCACGAUAAGAGAGCGGGCCUGGUGUCUAGUGACUUGUACGCUCAUGAUCAAGACACAAGCAGUGUUUUGCUGGACUCAUUUGUUCCCACUGUAGUGGAGAGAUACAGACAGCUCUUAAUGCCAGCUCUUAAAGUUUCACUGGCCAUGCUUACUUCCCUUGGAUCACAAGCUCACAAGGAGCUAGCUUCAAAGGUUUUGCACUUUGUUGUGUCUCACGUGGACGUUUUCAUCAGCAUUCUUCAAGACCGACAAGCUGUACACUCGUGCGGCUCACUACAGGAACUUGGCCUUGUCACAGGAAUUGUGUGCAACAUGGGACUCACUGAGGUCACUCUCACUACAGACAGUGAACUGGGACAGGAGCAAUUACAGCUCAGGGGACCCCUGGCAAGGAUCCAACGCCUCAUGAUUGGGUUGUUACGGAGAUAUUGCUCCAGUGAAAACUGGGAGAAGAUCAUUAAAUCUGUGAUGGAGCAAAACAAUGAGGAACCUGGAACCAAGUACAGUGUUGUUGCCAUGGAAACUACCCAAAAAUUGCAGAGAAUCUGUUCUAACGUCGUUGGUUACUGCAGAACAGUAAUGAACUCAGUUGGUUCUGUUCCUGCUCAUUGUCAUGUGCUGUUUUCGCCAAGCUUGACAGACUCGCUAACUCGUGAUUCUCAUCUGACAAGAGAAGCUCUUCGAACGUCCUCCAUGGUGUCGUCUUACCGUCCUGUCAGUCUUUGUCUUCCUGUGACUUUCAUGAAGAAGUGCAGUGAUGAAAUUCAACAGACGGCUGAGUUGUACUCACAGGCGCGCUUGAAGCUACAAAACCUGAUGGAGCUAACCAGCGAAGAACUUAGAGAGCUGAGUCAAGUACAGUUUGGAGGGACUGUUCAAGAAAGAUUAUCCACACAACAAAGACACCAGCUGGCACAGAAAUGUCUGACACAGAUUGUACAGUACAAGGCACAAGAGAUUUCCUCUCAUUUGUACAUUAUCGAGAACUGUUUAUUUAUUCUCUGGCGCCACUUGGAUUUCUACUUCUUACAUUGCAUUCCAUCAGACGAGGAACGGCGCAUGCUUGCUGGGCCGACGCUAACCAGUAGUCACAUGCGACGACUGCAAGAGAGGACGUUGCCAGCCGGGAGUUCAUUCACAUCUGGUCAUGCUCCAGAAACAGUAGGACUGGGAGAUGGUGUAACACGCGAGGAGAUUGAAGCAGUAAGCACCAGUCUGCUUAGUUAGCUAUAUUUUUUACUCUGUCUACUCUUCUCUUCUCUAUCUACUGGGCGGUGGUCUCGUGGUUUGUACACUUGAGGAGCGAUCAAGCGGUCUGAGUUUGAGCCCUCACCGGGGACAUUGUGUUGUGUUCUUGGGCAACACACUUUACUCUCACAGUUCCUCUCCACCCAGGAGGAGUGUACAAAUGGGUGCAGGUGAAUUUAAUGUUGAGGGUAACCCUGCAAUGGACUAGCAUCCCAUCCAGGGGGG